UAUAUAUAGAGGAGAUUGAGGAUGAGAUUGAGCAAAGAGUGUGAAAAUGAAUAUGGAAAGAGAUGUAGAAGUAGAGAUGCAAGAGUUGAGGAAAACAUUCAAGAGUGGGAUCACAAAGGAAGAAGGAUGGAGAAGAUCACAGCUUCAGAAUUUGCUUUCUCUACUUGUUGAGAAAGAGGAUCACAUUUUCCAAGCUCUAGAACAAGACUUGGGAAAGCAUCCAGUUGAAUCUUUUAGAGAUGAGGUGGGACCCUUGAUCAAAUCUGUUAAUUUUGCUCUAAAAUGCUUGAAGAAAUGGAUGGCUCCUAAGAAGGCUGAUUUGCCUGCCGCUGCAUUCCCAUCGAGUGCAGAACUAGUCCCGGAGCCUCUUGGGGUAGUUCUAAUCAUAUCAUCUUGGAAUUUCCCCUUCGGGAUAUCGUUGGAGCCGUUGAUCGGAGCGAUUGCGUCCGGGAACGCAGUUGUCUUGAAACCGUCUGAGCUCGCACCGGCCUCCUCUUCGACCCUAGCCACUUUGAUCCACACUUACCUCGACACCUCCGCUAUCCGAGUUGUCGAAGGCGGUGUCGCUGUCGGGGAGCGCCUCCUGCGGCAGAAAUGGGACAAGAUCUUUUUCACGGGCAGCUCCGCCGUGGCGCGUGCGGUCAUGACAGCUGCCGCCGCGAAUUUGACUCCCGUCGGAUUGGAAUUGGGAGGAAAGUGCCCUGCGCUUAUCGACUACUCUCUUUCGUCUUCUUGGGAUAGAGAGGUGGCGUUGGAUCGUAUCCUUGCGGCGAAAUUCGGGACGUGUGCCGGACAAGCUUGCAUAGGGAUUGACUACAUCCUUGUCGACAGAAGAUUCUCUGACACUCUAAUUCAGCUGCUCAAGGCAAAGAUUCUCAAGAUGUUUGGGGAGAAUCCGAAAGAAUCUAAAACUAUUGCAAAAAUAGUAAACAAAUCCCAUUUUUCACGGUUAAGCCGUCUUUUUGAUGAUCCAAUGGUUAGAGAUUCUGUUGUUCUUGGUGGAUUAAUGGAUGAAGACAAUCUUUACAUUGAACCAACAUUGCUGUUAGAUCCACCACUUGAUGCUCAAAUCAUGACUGAAGAAAUCUUUGGUCCAUUGCUCCCCAUUAUCACUUUGGAUAAUAUUGAAGAGAGCAUUGACUUUAUCAAUGCAAGGCCAAAAGCACUAGCCAUAUAUGCAUUCACAAAUAAUAAAAAGUUGAAGCAAAAACUAUCCACACAAACAUCUUCAGGCAGCAUUGUGAUUAAUGAUGCCAUCAUUCAAUAUAUUGGAGAUUGUGUUCCAUUUGGUGGAGUAGGAGAGAGUGGAUUUGGGAGAUAUCAUGGAAAAUAUUCAUUUGAUAUGUUUUCUCAUGAGAAAGCUAUUAUAAAAAGAAGCUUCCUUAUUGAUUUCUGGUUCAGAUAUCCUCCAUGGAAUCACCAGAAGCUGCAGCUCUUUAGAUCUGCCUACAGAUUUGAUUAUUUUCGAAUUCUUCUCAUCAUUUUGGGUCUCAAAUCCUGAUCACAUCUAAAUUGUAAACUGAAAUCAAUGUUUCUUUGUUUGUAUCAAUGCAAAAUAAAACUGCCAAUGAAAAUGAGACAUUUUAAUUUUA